AUGCCCAUCCUUGGCGGCAGCAGGCGGCGCGGCUGGCCCGGGGAGGAGAAGCUGCGGCGGGGGCAGGCGGAGCCCGGCUCGGGGCAGCUGCGCUCGGCGCUGGGGAGCCGCAUCCAGCAGUACCCGGCGGCGGCGCGCUGCGGGCUGCCCCCCGGCGGCCGCCUGGGGGGCUCCCCGCCGGGGCCCGGCGCCCCGGAGCCCGCCGCCGAGGAGGAGGAGGAGGACCUGGAGGAAGAGGCGGGGGCGGCCCGGUACCCGCAGCAGCACCCGGAGCCCGCCCGCUCGCUCUCCCCGCCGCGCCAGCCGCCGCCCCAGCACCACGAGUGGACCUACGAGGAGCAGUUCAAGCAGCUCUACGAACUGGACGACGACCCCAAGCGGAAGGAGUUUCUGGACGACCUCUUUGGCUUCAUGCAGAAGAGAGGGACUCCGGUGAACCGAAUCCCCAUCAUGGCGAAGCAGGUGCUGGACCUGUACGCGCUGUACCGGCUGGUGACCGAGAAGGGUGGCCUGGUCGAAGUGAUCAACAAGAAGAUCUGGCGGGAGAUCACCAAAGGCCUCAACCUCCCCACGUCCAUCACCAGCGCGGCGUUCACACUCCGCACGCAAUACAUGAAAUACCUGUACCCCUACGAAUGUGAGAAACGAGCCCUCAGCUCCCCCGGCGAGCUCCAGGCCGCCAUCGACAGCAACCGGCGAGAGGGGCGGAGGCAGAGCUUUGGGACGGCACUUUUCAGCUACUCCCCCGUGGGCACCCCGGCCAUGCUGGCCUCCCCGAAGAUCCCCGUGCCGGCCCUGGCCAUCUCCACGCACAGCUGCAGCCAGAGGAGCCAAGUGCACGCCAUUAAGAAAGAAGACGGUAUCCUGUCGGCGGCCGUGCCCAGCCGGAUCGCCAUCCCCGUCAGCCUGGCAGGGCACCACAUAGCCGCUGCCCAGGCGGCAGCCGCGUCCCAGGCAGCCGCGCUGGAGCAGCUGCGGGAGAAGCUGGAGACAGGGGAGCCGCCCGAGAAGAAGAUGGCGCUGAUGGCGGAGGAGCAGCAGCGGCUGAUGCAACACGCUCUGCAGCAGAACCUGCUGGCCAUGGCCUCACAGUUCCCCAUGGACAUCAAGCUCAGCAGCCGAGAUGACAGACAGGAGACCGCAUUGAACCUGUCCACCAACGGCAUUAGCAGCAUCAACAUGUCAAUAGAAAUAAAUGGAGUUGUCUACACAGGUGUCCUGUUUGCCCGCAGACCCCUUGUCCCGGGGGCAUCCGGCAGCAACAGCAGCAGGAGCUCCCACGGCCGGUCGAGCCCGGUGCCCGCGCAGAACCAGCGGCUCUCGGCCUCCUCACGCAGUCACACUCCCGCCAGUGCCUCGCCGUGAGAGAGGGAGAGACGCUGAGGGCCCCCUCCCCAGACCCCCGCCAGCCCCCUCAGUAAUAAAACAACUUGGAGUCAAAGUCCAG